CCGGGAGGCGGAAGCGGAAGCGCGCGUCUCCCCGGAGCGAUGGCAGCCGGGGGUCCGAGCCGCUCGGAGCGCAAAGCAGCGGAGCGGGUGCGGCGGCUGCGGGAGGAGCAGCAACGGGAGCGCCUCCGCCAGGUGUCGCGCAUCCUGAGGAAGGCAGCGGCCGAGCGCAGCGCGGAGGAGGGCCGGCUGCUGGCCGAGAGCGAGGACCUGGUGACCGAGCUGCAGGGCCGGAGCCGGCGGCGCGAAGGCCUGAAGCGGCGGCAGGAGGAGGUGUGCGACGACCCCGAGGAGCUGCGGAGGAAGGUCCGGGAGCUGGCCGGCGCCGUGCGGAGCGCCAAGCACCUGGUCGUCUACACGGGCGCGGGGAUCAGCACGUGGUGCCUGCUCACGGGGCUCGUCUUCCUCCUGAACAUGCAGGCAGCCUCCAUCCCAGACUACCGGGGUCCGAACGGAGUGUGGACGCUGCUGCAGAAAGGGAGGCGCGUGAGUGCCGCCGACCUGAGUGAGGCGGAGCCGACCCUCACCCACAUGAGCAUCGCCCGCUUACACGAGCAGAAGCUGGUGCAGCACGUGGUGUCGCAGAACUGCGACGGGCUCCACCUGCGGAGCGGGCUGCCGCGCUCGGCCAUCUCGGAGCUCCACGGGAACAUGUACAUCGAGGUCUGCACGGCGUGCACUCCCAACCGGGAGUACGUGCGGGUGUUCGACGUGACGGAGCGCACCGCCCUGCACCGGCACCAGACCGGCCGGGCCUGCCACAAGUGUGGGGCGCCGCUCCGCGACACCAUCGUGCACUUUGGGGAGAGGGGCACCCUGGGGCAGCCUCUGAACUGGGAGGCAGCCACCCAGGCUGCCAGCAAAGCAGACACAAUCCUGUGUUUGGGCUCCAGCUUAAAGGUUCUAAAGAAGUAUCCACGCCUCUGGUGCAUGACCAAGCCCCCCAGCCGGCGGCCCAAGCUCUACAUUGUGAACUUGCAGUGGACCCCAAAGGAUGACUGGGCCGCCCUGAAGCUCCACGGGAAGUGCGAUGACGUCAUGCAGCUCCUUAUGGACGAGCUGGGCCUGGAGAUCCCCCCCUACAGCAGGUGGCAGGAUCCCAUCUUCUCCCUGGCAACUCCCCUGCGGGCUGGUGAAGAGGGCAGCCACAGCCGGAAGUCACUGCGCAGAAGUCGAGAGGAGCCCUCGCCCGGAGACCAGGGCGCACCCCUCAGCUCGGCCCCCAUCCGAGGUGGCUGGUUUGGCAGGGGCUGCGCCAAAGGCACAAAGAGGAAGAGAGUGACAUAACCUGGUGCUCGACUGGGAACAGCAACUGGCACUUUGCAGAUGGCUGGAACUCGGGUCCCGGGCUGGUGGCACCCAGAAGGCCGGGAAUGCCCCGCGGGUCCAGUGAGAACGCUCGGGGGGAGGGGGACAUUGUCACGGUGACAUGCUUAGCCAUUUGUCUUGGUGGGGAGCCCCCUUGCACUGCUGUGCUUGUCCCACCUGCCCCCCUCCCCCCCACCGGUGGGCCUGGGUGCUGACAAGUGGCCCAUCCAGUCUGACCUAGAGGUGGCAGCCACGCCUUCCUGUGAGAACAGAACUCGGGUUACAUCACACCUGGCCAGCCAAGAGGAAGCACUCGCUGCCUUGCCUUCUUCUUCAGGCCAGUCUCAGGGGCCUCAACCCUAUUUCUACUUCUUACUAAAAAUGUUAACUUUAUAGUAAACCUUUUUCUGUAUUGGUUUGCGGCCGAGGGCUGGUUUUGAACCUCAGCUCUCAGCAGACCUUUUUGUUGCUAAUAAACCUCUGCACUGUC